AGUGCUGCGCGUGCUUUGCUCAACACGAUGUGCCUAAGGUGCAUGCCCUCGGUAACAUUCGGCCAUGUCAACAUCAUAUGAAGAUUCCCUGCGAUGUCUUCGGCCCCGGCUAAGUGCCAACACACCGUACGUUGGCGGCUACAUGCAGAGACGCCAGGAAAUGUGCCAUGCAUCUGCGAAGCGUUGCUACGAUGCAGCUCAGCGGCAUCACGCUUCAAGCUCGCGGACUCGUCCAAUGCUGAACGACAGCAGUUGUUGGAUUUCGCAAACCAUAGGAACACCCUCUUAGGGGAACGACGUCGAGGCUGCUGUCAACGAUGCAUUGUUGGUCCGGGGUGCUGGAAGCAGCCGCCAGCUUUCAACGCCUCGUCGCUCGCAUAUCUGUAGGUUUCAAAAGUCAUAUUGCGUGGUAAAUCGUCUGCGACCAUUCGGAUAGAUUGUU